GUUCGCAGCCAGGACCUCCGUAAUGAGGGCAAUGCUGUGUUCAAGCAGGGGAAGUUUGGUGCAGCGAUAGCCAAAUAUACAGAGGCCAUCUUGCUUGAUCCAACAAACUAUGUGCUCUAUUCCAACAGGGCUGCCUGUUACAACUAUCUCAAUGCUGCAGAUAGUGCAAUCACUGACCUGCUCAAAUCUAUUGAGCUUAAUGAAAGCUUCCAGCCUUCGUGGGCAAGGUUGGGUUAUUGUUAUCUUGCC